AUGCCUGCAUUAUCAGUGGAGAUCAGGGUGUCCUAUCAGGAUGAGUUACUCAAUCAAGGAGAUGAGUCUUUUGGUUUGUCCUUUCCACCCGUUCGUGGUGUCCACCCUUACCUCAUGCUGAAGGCCGCCAUUGUACAUGCUUGCGACGAUCAUGAUGGUGCACUGUUUGUUAUAGCAAAGUUGCUCGAGACACGGAUACUGGGCCACGCACAAUUUGCUGUAUAUGUGAUGAGCAAGAUGGUCUCUCACCUGGACAAUGCUGUGCAGCAUUUUCAGUUGCUUCUGGACUAG